CGCAGCGAUAGCGUGCGGCGGUCUGUGGGCGGGACUUCCGGCUCAAUGAAUCGUCUUCCGGCCGUGCUUGAUGGGUCUGGCCGGUCUCCUGACAUGAAGCCCCCUGGACCUAGAGGUUGGUUCCUGCUGUGACACACCCACCAUGUGGCCACUUCUUCAUGUUCUCUGGCUUGCUCUAGCCUGUGGUUCCGUUCACACCACCCUGUCAAAGUCAGAUGCUAAAAAAGCUGCCUCAAAGACGCUGCUGGAAAAGACUCAGUUUUCAGAUAAACCUGUCCAAGAUCGGGGUCUGGUGGUGACGGACAUCAAAGCUGAGGAUGUGGUUCUUGAACAUCGUAGCUACUGCUCAGCAAGGGCUCGGGAGAGAAACUUUGCUGGAGAGGUCCUGGGCUAUGUCACUCCAUGGAACAGCCAUGGCUAUGAUGUUGCCAAGGUCUUUGGGAGCAAGUUCACACAGAUCUCACCAGUCUGGCUGCAGCUGAAGAGACGUGGUCGUGAGAUGUUUGAAAUCACAGGCCUCCAUGAUGUGGACCAAGGGUGGAUGCGAGCUGUCAAGAAGCAUGCCAAAGGCCUUCGAGUAGUGCCUCGGCUUCUCUUUGAAGACUGGACUUAUGAUGAUUUCCGGAAUGUCUUAGACAGUGAGGAUGAAAUAGAAGAACUCAGCAAGACUAUGGUCCAGGUGGCAAAGAACCAGCAUUUUGACGGUUUUGUGGUGGAGGUCUGGAGCCAGUUGCUGAGCCAGAAACAUGUAGGCCUCAUCCACAUGCUUACUCACUUGGCUGAGGCGCUACACCAGGCCAGGCUGCUGGCCAUUCUGGUCAUUCCACCUGCAGUCACCCCUGGGACUGACCAGCUGGGCAUGUUUACACACAAGGAGUUCGAGCAACUGGCCCCUGUACUAGAUGGCUUCAGCCUCAUGACAUAUGACUACUCCACAUCACAGCAGCCUGGCCCUAAUGCUCCAUUGUCAUGGAUUCGAGCCUGUGUCCAGGUCCUGGACCCCAAGUCACAGUGGAGAAGCAAGAUCCUCCUGGGACUGAAUUUCUAUGGCAUGGAUUACGCAGCCUCCAAGGAUGCCCGUGAGCCUGUCAUUGGGGCUAGGUACAUACAGACGCUGAAGGACCACAGGCCCCGAGUGGUAUGGGACAGCCAGUCUGCGGAACACUUCUUUGAGUACAAGAAGAAUCGCGGCGGGAGGCAUGUUGUCUUCUACCCAACUCUGAAGUCUCUGCAGGUGCGGCUGGAGCUAGCCAGGGAGCUGGGCGUCGGGGUCUCCAUCUGGGAGCUGGGCCAAGGCCUGGAUUACUUCUAUGACCUGCUGUAGGCUGGACAGCAACGCCCGAGUGAAUAUGGACUUUUCUAAGCCAUGGAGUGACUGGUGAAAUAUAGGCCUCUUCUGUUUUCUGUGAGACGUCUGCCAUGGUCCUCAGCAGGGCCCACAUGCAUGAGUGUUUCCUGGCCUGGGAUAAGAAUUGGGGCCCCUCCUA